AUGACUGGUGACAUAUCAAAAAAGAAAGGAAAAAGUUCAGCAGAUAAAAAAGUGAAAAGAAAAGUAAAAAGAAGAGAAACCUACGCCAUGUACAUCUAUAAAGUUUUGAAACAGGUUCAUCCGGACACGGGCAUUUCCAGCAGAGCCAUGAGCAUCAUGAACUCGUUUGUGAAUGACCUGUUUGAGAGGAUCGCCACUGAAGCUUCUCGUCUGGCUCAGUACAACAAACGCUCCACCAUCACCAGCAGAGAGGUGCAGACCGCAGUCCGGCUGCUGCUGCCCGGGGAACUGGCCAAGCACGCCGUGUCCGAGGGCACCAAGGCGGUCACCAAGUACACCAGCUCCAAGUGA